UGAGAUUAUAUAAAUAAAGUGAGAUGAUAAAUAGCAAUCUCCGUCUCUCCAAUGAAUUCACAGUCGGUUCUUAUUCUGUUCUUAUUCUGUUCUUUGCUGAAUGAUAGUUUACAACAAUCCAUAAACCGAAACUGCAAAUUCUUCAUUUGAUUUCUUCUCUUCCUUCAUCUAAAGUUUGAAGGAAAUUUUAACGUCUUCCUGGUUGAUAUAAGCCACUUGCUCGUAUCUGAAAGGUAUUUUAAAGUUUCAUAAUUUCAACUGCGCACAACAUGGAUAUUGCCCUGCCCCUUAAAGAGGGCAGAGCUGAAACAUCCAGCUACAGUAAACUUAACAUGGCUAUAGUUGGUGCAACAAAUGAGUGAAGAGGAAAUAGCUUCCCAAUCUUCUUUAAUCUAUAAGAUUGAAGCAAAUUGCUAAUCGGUGAGCUUGCUCAGAAUUAUCCUCGGUUGACCCCUGCUUGGAUUGCUGUUUUGAAAAUGUUCAACUGAGAUUUCAUGUCUCUGCAAAAUGAAUUUUGGACACAGGGCUCUGCUUGAUUUUCUAUUCAUGUACUUUAGCCCCAUCCUUAUUUGAAACUACCUUUGAAGUACAUGGAGAGAGCUAGUAGAUCUUGAAGGCAGAUUCAGCAAAAGGGUUGUUUACAUCUGAAGCAAUGUCCAUACUGCCCAGUGCCAAAUUUGCAGAUUUAAGCCCCACAAAAGAUGUUUUUGUUUCAGCACUCCGCUUUGCUUUGUCAAUUAACAGCCCAUGUGCCCCAUUUGGAGAUGAGCUUCAAAGAUCUGCUCAGGAACAAGUUGACUACAUGUUAAGGGCAGAUGCCGACACGUCGUUGGUAAGAAGGGAUGAAGAAGUAAAAUCCGUGUUAAAAACGGGCCUUUUCAGAACAUGUGCAUCAUUUGAGAGGGAGCUAUCUUCCCUACUUUUGGAUUCUGACAUUGCAUCUCAAGCCAACGAAGACAAAAUAUUAAGGACAUUAUCUGAUCUUGAAUGGAUAUGUACUUUACUUCCAAAGAUGAACUUAAUGAAAGACUUCGUUUCCAACUGGAUUGAGAUAUCUGGGAAUGUUCUGAAGGUAAUCGAGGACGAAAAGUUGAAUUCCUUAAUGUGGGGUUUGAAAGUUAAGCUGAUUGAGAUGACCAACAAAGCCUUGGAAGCUGUUGGCUAUGGCACUGUGAUUCUUCCUGCACCGUACCGGUUGUCACUGCUUACAUUCUGGCUUCCAUAUAUCAGGAAGAUGAAGCCUCUGCUGGAUUCGAAGUGCAUCACAGAGAGAGAUUUUUGUUACAAGAUGGACGAGGAGCUGUGCAUGAACAUCGAAGGGGCAAUUGUUUCUAUGGUUUUGGCAUUGCCUUCGAAUGAUCAAGCAGGUAUCUUGGCAGACUGGAUGAAAGCUGAGGAAAUACAAUAUCCUGAUUUAACAGAUGCUUUUGAAUUAUGGUGUUAUAGGACCAAAUCUGCAAAGCGGAGAUUGGUUGAAGGUAUUGAUGGAGCUUGCUCUGACAAUGGUGAUGAUGCUGCAAUCAGCUUUUAAAUUCUAUUUGUAAAAAUAUCUCUGGUGGAUUCAAAUGCUUGUUACUCAUUUAGGACAUAGAAAUUAGAUACAUAUGUUCAAUCUUCUGAUGUUCCAUUAAUAAAAUUCUCUUUAUAAAAAGUGAAAACUAUUAACUUUUGUUCUUCUUAGUAA